GUUGGAUUAUAAGAACAGAUAUAACGUUACACACUGCAGAGAUAUUUGUUGAAACUAGCCGUGCAAGCGAAGGACCGGGCUGUGUGUGGCAAUGCAGCGGGUCACGGCACGGUUCGUCGCCUGGCUGGUCGCAGCGGUUUUCUGGCUGUGGAUAGCUCAGUGUUGGGCUGACGGUGGGGACCCCAGCCUCGCUGAACGCGUUAUUUGGGCCGUGAAUGCAGGAGGGGAAGCGCACACGGACGUGCACGGUAUCCACUUCAAAAAGGAUCCCUUAGAAGGAAAACUUGGAAAAGCAUCCGAUUAUGGACUGCGACUACCCAUAUUACGCUCAAGUCCAGAAGACCAGAUUCUUUACCAAACAGAGCGCUAUAAUGAGGACACUUUUGGAUAUGAAGUGCCCAUUCGUGAGGAGGGAGACUAUAUACUUGUCAUGAAAUAUGCAGAGGUCUACUUUGCCCAAUCACAGCAAAAGGUGUUUGACGUACGUCUCAACGGCCAUGUUGUGGUAAAAGACCUGGAUAUUUUUGAACGUGUGGGCCACAGUACUGCCCAUGAUGAGAUAGUCCCUUUCUCCAUUCGACGUGGCAAGCUGAGUGUGCAGGGAGAGGUGUCAACCUUCAACGGCAAGCUCACUGUGGAGUUUGUUAAGGGUUACUAUGACAACCCCAAGAUCUGCGCUCUGUACGUGAUGAAGGGCACAUUAGAGGAUGUACCAAAACUCCAGCCUCACCCUGGGCUUGAGAAGCGUGAAGAAGAGGAAGAGGAAGAGGAGGAUAAUGAGGGAGGUGAGGAAGGUGGAAAGAAGAGUACCUCAACAGCUCCCAAGUACAGGGUCCAGUCAGGGCCCCGAACACCAAAUCCCUAUGCAGCUGACAAUAGCAGCCUUAUGUUCCCCAUUCUGGUUGCAUUUGGGGUGUUCAUCCCGACACUCUUUUGCCUUUGUCGGCUGUGA